CCUCCCUCGCACCAACCAGCCAACAUCCCGCUAACCUUGUGCUCAACAUCCACCGUCCACCAGCCCACUCCCAAAACUCACCGUCCACACGACUCAGGCACUCAGACCAGCCCUGACCGGCCGGGCCCCCAGUCCGCCUGUCUCCUCCCUCGUGUGGUGUCAUGCCGUGCCCCAUAUUCUUCUGUCUGAGGCUGCCUGCAGUCAUCAGGACCCCCUUCGCAGAUGGCUACAUUGGGUUGAGUUGGGCAGGAUAGAACGUCGCAGACGAGCGAGAGGUGGACGGGAAAGAGAGAGCGAGAGAGAUUGAAAGAGACAGGCCAGGGUUCCAUGCAUCGCCUGGCGCCGCUGCUCCAGAUUCCCUGGUUUACCCUUUCGACAACGGGAGGGCUGCGGAUGCGCUCGCUACGAGACCCUCGAAAGACCCUUCAUCUGUCUAAGAUCUUCGCGUCGUUGGAUCUGCUGCGGCUGUGCUGUCGAUCCCUCUCCCUCUCCAAAGAGAAUGAGGCGGUCAGGCCGAAGCUGUGGCAAAGGUCUGUUGCCAUGAUCAGCCAUUGGUGGAACGAUUACCGAACUGUCCUGAAGGGAGCCAAACGACUGUUGAUUCCUACCUCUUGAACCAAACCACACACGAACCCGAUAGCACUCGCCGAGGAUUGCCUAGCAAACCUCUCCACUUACAACCUUUGCAUCUAGCUCUGUUUAGCAGCACCUGGCUCCUUGCAAUCAGCGUUCGGCAAGCAUGUGGGUUUUCCCUCUCUGCUCAAUGCCCCCUCGGCUUUUAUUUGCGCCAAUUAAUAUUGCUUUGUGAUGGUCCACGCAACGACA